AAAACAUUGAGCAUGGCAUUCGAAAUGUUAAUUGUAAUGGACAACGUUGUUUGAAGUCACUGGAAUGUAUAUAUUGUAUCAGAGGAGCUAGAACGUAUCAUAUAUCGUCAGAUAUUGUAACAGUGUUUGAGAGUCGGAAAGGAGAAGUUUUCAGCGUUUACAUUGUGUCAAUAUGAGUACGCAGAAAGAGGGGAAAAAGAUGAAAAGACCACCAAGUGCAGCAACAGAAGAAGAGGAAAUCAAAAGACAGAAACAUGUUCAUUUAGUAAAAGCGUUAGGUGAAGAGGAUAAGUCGGUCAAGCUUCUUGAAGACAUCGUUUUUGGCGCAGAGGACGAAUUAGUUGAAAAACUUGUUGAGGAGCAAGGGGGCUCGACCUUACUGGAUGAAGAUGAGUCCAGUGACUCGGAGGUCGAAAAUGAGGCACGGCUCCAGGUUCCAUCGGAGAGGAAAGCGGUUUGGGAAGAUGAGGAUGACGAGGCCGAGGAAGAGGUUGACAUGACACAUCGGUUUCGAAAAGAUUUCAUAAAGGGUGAAGCAGAGGUCAGAAUGAACAAACAGAAGCUACAACUACGGUUGAAGGAACAGUUUCAGAAAGCAAUGGGAGGCACACCAUCGUGGGCAGAGACAAAAGUAAAGAAAAAGAAGAAAAAAGGGCAUGAAGAUGACGAUGAAGAUGACGAUGACGAUGAUGACGACGACGACUUGCUCAAGAAGACCGGCAACUUCAUCAGAUCUUCUGACAGUUUGCCAAAGGGAACGAUUAAGUUCAAGAAAUGCCUGAACGCCAACAACGACCGUCCGGGCGACGACCGGCUCAGCACGGUGCAGUUUCACCCUUCGGCUCAGGUCGUCAUGACGGCAGGCCUGGAUCACUCUAUCUCACUCUUCCAGGUCGAUGGAAAGACGAACCCUAAGAUUCAGAGCAUACACCUGGAGAGGUUUCCCGUAAACAAGGCUUGUUUUACUGCUAAUGGCGAACAAGUCGUCGCCACUGGAAUAAGAAACAAGCUUUUUUACAUCUACGACAUGAUGGAGGGCAAAAUUAUCCCCGUGCCUACGGUCAGAGGGCUCGAUGAACAGAGAGUGAAAGAGUUUGAAGUGUCGCCAGUGGGCGAUUUUCUCCUCCUCACUGGCUCCUCCGGUUCACUCCACCUCAUGACCAUGAAGACUAAAGAGGUGGUGAAAAGCAUGAAGGUCAGCGGCUCUGUGUGUGGGGCAGCGUUCAGUGCUGACGGCAGUAAAAUCUUCACUAACUCCGAGGAAGGUAACGUGUAUAUCUGGGAUGUGAGAAGCAGUAGAUGUUUGAACAAGUUUAUGGAUGACGGCUGUGUGAAGGGUACAUCCAUCGCCGUGUCCAGAGACGGCCAGUACCUGGCCUGUGGAUCCCAGUCUGGUGUGGUGAACGUAUACUCCCAGAAGGACUGUAUGCAGAGCGUGGAGCCCAAACCCCUGAAGGCCAUCAUGAAUCUGGUCACGGCUGCCACCUCUCUACGCUUCAACCCCACGUCGGAAAUCCUAGCCAUCGCCUCGAGAGCCGACGAUGAGGCAAACCGACUGGUUCACAUUCCCAGUUUCACCGUCUUCUCCAACUUCCCACAAUUCCGAAGGAAGACCAUCUACCGCCCCUUCUGUCUGGACUUUUCGCCAAACAGUGGUUUCUACUCGAUAGCUAACAACAAGGGCAAGGCCCUGCUCUUCAGGCUGCUUCAUUACAACGAUUUCUGAAGAUGGACAUGAAACCAAAAAACUUUUUUUUUUUUUUUUUUU